AUGGUCAACCCAAUAAUAUAUACCAUAGAAACAAAAUUAGACAAUUUUAUUGUGAAAAAUAGCAAUACAGCAGUAGGAAUAGGAUUUGCUAGAAGUUUAAGAAAAUCUAUAUCCAACAUAUUUCAAGUAUGCAAAAAUGAUCCAGCAUACUUACUAGCAACAGUCAUUGAUCCAAGAUUUAAAACUAUACUUAUGGAAUCGUAUGAAGUAGAAACAGUAAAAGAUUUGCUUACUAGAGAAGUCGAGAGUCUUAGAUUGACAGGUGAUAUAUUAGAAGUAACUGAACAAAAUAUACUACCCAUAACAGUCCCUGUUUCAACAAAUUCAUUGUGGGAUAUCCUUCAAGAGCGAUCAAUCUCUAAUACUAGCAAUGAAGGAGUGAGCUGUGUUAAAAAUGAGGUAAGAUGA